UGGAAAUUUUUCACCGGCGAUAUAUAGAGAAAGGAUCUGUAUACAGAAUUUAUCCAUGGAAGGAAAACAGUUGCGCAAAGUUUUCGUUGUUCCGCAGCUUCACGGCAGUGUUCACGAGAUCCACAGAAAAAAGUAGCCUGUCAUGAACGGAUUCCAAGCACUUCUGACGUUCUUCGGCAUCAUCGCGAUCGUAGACACCGAUCUAUCGAAGAGACACGGCAACGGACGUGGAAACGUAUACCAUGGUAGGUACACGAGAGACGUCCACGAGCCGGAAUUUUUGAUCCCGAGAAGAGUGUUCGAGGAUGGCAGCUUCGACACAUACUCGUUGCCGUAUUUCUAUGAUCGGCAAGAGAUCAACGAACGUAAGAAAAGGUCGACCGAGACGGGCGAGCAGGAGCUUGAGGUCGAUAAAGUGCACCUGGUGCUGCCUUUCAACGGGAUCGAACACCAUGUGGAGCUCGACCCGUAUCACGAAUUCAUCUCGCCUGACAUGGUGAUCGAGACGCGGGGCACCGGCCUGAGAACUAACUUGAACGAAGCGUUACGAUUCAAGAGAGCCUCCGAUCGACAAUGCCAUUAUCGGGGCUUUGUUAGAGGCCAUCGCGCAUCCAAGGCAGCUCUUUCUCUCUGCGAUGGUGUGGUUGGUUACGUGCAAACUAAUCAUGGCCGGUACUUCAUCGAGCCGGUGAACGAAGCAGAACCGCAGAAGGAUGGACAGCACGUUCACAUAGCUUACAAGCGGGAUGACUCGCGCGAAAAGAAGGAGAGUCGGGACGGUUCUUCCAAGAAUUACUGCGGAACUUCCGAUGACUGGGAGGCGGCGUGGGCGGAACAGUUAGCCAAACGACAGAAGCGACUAAUGGAAGAGAAUCCCGAAGUUGGUAAGAGCACUUCCUUGACCCACAGUAUUCAUCGUUACGUAGAGAUUGGAUUGGUCGCGGACAGAAGGUUUCUCGACUUUUACAACAACAGCAACUACGAACAGUACCUGUUGACUAUCAUGAACAUGGUGUCGGACUUCUAUCACGACAGAUCUGUCGGCAAUCAGAUAGACAUGGUCGUCGUCCGCAUUAUAUAUUUGGAGAAGGAAAAGGAAGAGAUAGAUCUGCUUAUUAGUCCCGCAGCCGAGGCAACGUUAGCGAGCUUUGCCAAAUGGGCCCAAAAGAUGAACCCCACGGAUCACACUCAUCCCAACCAUUACGACAUAGCGGUACUUGUAACUAGGUACGAUAUUUGCGCGGAAGGCGUACCACAUUGCAAUCUGAUGGGCCUGGCGUAUGUCGGAACUGCCUGCGAUCCCGAAAAAGCAGCUUGCAUCACCGAAGAUAGUGGCCUAUUGCUUGGAAUCGUAAUUAGCCACGAAGUUGGUCACGUGAUGGGCUGUUCGCACGACGAUGUCGCUAUCAGUGGCUGUCCACCCAAAGAUAACGAUAACAGUUAUUUCCUCAUGUCACCCAUUGUCAACAUCUAUUCGUUGAGAUGGUCGACUUGCAGCAGGAAAUACAUCACUACCUUGCUCGAGAGCGGCUUGGGCGAGUGCCUGAUCAACGAUCCAAGAAAUCCGCCGGAGAAAUUCAAGUAUCCGGACAUGUUACCCGGUGCGAUGUACGACGGCAAUUUUCAAUGCGACAUGAACUAUCCCGGAUCGAAGAUUUGCCCUGGCGAUACCGGGCGAGAUGCAAUGUGCGAGCUGCUAUGGUGCGAAGGGAAGAAUGGAAGCUGUUUCUCCCGGGGAUCACCCAUGGCCGAAGGAUCAAAAUGCGGCGAGAAUUUGUGGUGCAUUCGCAAGAAAUGCGUGGCUAUGGGCACCCGACCGACGGCGGUGCACGGUGGCUGGGGCAAAUGGGGUCCCAUGAGCGGUUGCAGCAGAAGCUGCGGCGGUGGCUUGAAAUUCGCCGAGAGAGAAUGUGACAAUCCGCCGCCCGCCAACAAAGGCAGAUACUGCAUCGGAGAGAGAAAGAAGUUGGCCAUUUGCAACACCAUGCCCUGCGACCAUAGGAAACCAUCGUAUCGCCAGUUGCAGUGCAGUUGGUACAACGAGCGAAAAAUCUUGACCGACGGCAAGCAUAACUGGACCGCGUACACUAUCCACGAUCCAACGUUCGAUCCGUGCAACUUGUACUGCAUCAAUGAAAAGAACGUAUUCACCAAGUUCCAAGUGGCAAACGAUUCUACUCCCUGCAAGGGUGGUACUAACAACAUGUGCGUCGGUGGUACAUGCAGGAAAGUCGGUUGCGAUUGGGUGUUGGAUUCGAAUGCCAUCGACGACAGGUGUGGAACGUGCAAAGGUGACGGUACGAAGUGCAAGGCGAUAGAAGGUUUCUUCAAUGAAACGGGAAUCCGCAACAUGCACGUGAAGAUAGUUACUAUCCCUCAGGGUGCUCGAAGCAUAUACGUAGCGGAAAUGCAGCCGAACAAAAACUUUCUAUCGGUGAGACUCGAGAAUAGCGAAACAUACUGUUUGAACGAAGACAAAUUCUUCCUCGUGUUAACGAACAAACCAAGUUCAUCGUAUACCGAACGAUUUUCUAACGAUCGUAGGGUGAUAUAUAGAAGCGGUGAUUACGAUUGUGCAGGCUCCAUUAUCGUAUACCUGCAUCCUGAGCCAAACAGAGAGGAGAUUGAAAUAAAGGGACCCAUAAUGACACCUAUUCGAAUAGAAUACGUAUUCUUGCACCCGAGACAGAAUCCUGGGAUUCAUUAUGUAUAUUACGUGAUGUCAACUGACCCGUCAUACAAACCGAAAUACCUGUGGGAUUUCAUGGAAUGGAGCGACUGCAGCGUUAAAUGCGGAGGCGGUACGAUGAUAUCGGAGGCAGCGUGUAUCGAAGAAAGAGGUGGAAAAGUGAGUCUUGAAUUUUGCGAUGGCAUGUCACGACCAGAUCCAAAAACUAGAGUUUGCAACUCGGAAGCCUGUCCUGCAAAGUACAUGCAACCACACAACCAUCGAGUCAUUUCGUGCUAUUUACAAUUUUACGUUUCUCUAUCUGCUUACAUUUUCCUCUCGAAACUGCGAACAGCAUACGUUUACCAUUACUCGUUUAUCGGCGAAUAUUUACGAUCGCUGUAUGACGAUUGGAAUUGCCUAAGGUGGCGUGUGAGCCAAUGGAGCAAGUGUAACGCCUGCGACGGAAAGAAAGGAACGAGGCAUCGUAAAGUGCAAUGCGUGCGACCCGCUGCUCGUGCCGGUGAGGAUGACGUUCAGGCAAAUCUGGACGCGUGCAAAGGUCGCGUGCCGAAACAAGAGGAAGAAUGUGUAGGCGAAAGACCGUGCAAGAAGACCUGCCCCAAAAAGGUCCGAAACGCAAACAGGCAACUCGUUGCUUGGAAAGAGAAGAAGAAGCAGCAGCUACCUCACGAGAAACGGGCUAAAAUGGUCGACAAGUUGGUGGACUUGAGUUUGGCCGGAUAUCUGGAGAAAGCGUACGGUAUCUCUCGUGAAGCCGAUGAUAUGGGAAUGACGGUCGACACGGCGGACUUCCGGCAGCUUCUUCGCGAAUGGUCCCUCGCCGACGAGGAAAAGAGGAAACGCGGCGCCUGCGAUCGAAACGCGUCUACUCCAAAGCCCGGAUCGAUCAUCAAAGACUCGGUGCCGGUCGAGAACGUGGUGCUGUUGGAGGCGCCUAUGCUAGAGGAAGGCCUCCUAUCGAAUUUGUCGGAUAGAGCGUAUCAGGAAGUUGGCGAUCUCGUCGGCGGUAGUAUCGAUACUUCCAGAGUGAAGAUUUAUAACGGUACGAAGGCUGUCGAGAAGAUCGAGGAGCUGGAGGGUCGUAACAUUAGCGCGGUGCCUAACAAGAAAGAAAAUUAUAGUUACGAUGCGUUGUCAAGAAUCGUAGAUUUGGCGGAACAGCGAAAAUGAGAAGCGUAACCAAUCCUCCAUUUGCGUACGAGACAAACCACUCGAAACUGGCAUCGUCGAUAUUUAUAAUCGAUAAUUGCAAUUAUUUGACACUAUUAUUUACUAAUCGAUAUUUCUUUGAUAUAACGUUGAAAAGUGUUAAUAUAUCGUCUGAUAAGAGUAUGUAUUAAGAAGCAUUGAUAA